AUGGCCCACGUCGCCAAAUCGCCAGCGCUGGAUGUACCUCCAGAACCUCCCUCCAAACGCAUCAAGCUGUCGCCGCAGCCGAAGAAAGAAGACCCAGAUGAUAGCGCGCCCGCUUCUCCUACCAGCACACCACUUGUCGCCGAUCUCGCCGAGCAACUAGACGCCCAAGAACGGAACAAAUAUGUCAAAGGAAAGAAGCUGGGAUCCGGUCAGUACGCCGAUGUGUACUCGGCGUAUUUGAUCACAGACCCAACACAGCUUGUGGCCAUCAAGAAGAUCAAAGUGGGUGCAGAAGUGAAGGAGAUGGGCAUUUCAUACGAUUCGCUUCGAGAAAUCCGGUUUCUGCAAGAGCUCGAUCAUCCCAACAUCAUCAAGCUGUACUCAGUCUUCAGCACCAAGAAUCAGAAUCUCAAUCUCGUGCUCGAGCAGCUGCCGCAAGGUGAUCUGCUCAAACUCAUUCAAGACACCCAGAAUAUCAGCUAUACCCCUGCAGACGUGAAAGCGUGGAUGCUCAUGCUGAGCAGGGCUGUGCACUUCUGCCAUGCCAACUUCAUACUUCACCGCGAUAUCAAGCCGAACAAUUUGCUGAUCGCUGCGAAUGGUGAGAUCAAACUUGCAGAUUUCGGUCUGGCCAGAAGUUUUGCAGAUCCCUAUCAACCCAUGACCUACAACACGAUCACAAUAUGGUACCGACCGCCUGAGCUCUUCUUCCAAGCUCAAUUCUACGGCGGCGCAGUUGACGUGUGGAGCUGUGGCGCCGUAUUUGCGGAGCUCAUCUCACGAGACGUUCUGUUCAGAGCUUGGCCAGAGUCCGAAAUGAACAUGGUCAAGCUCAUCUGCGAGAAGGUGGGGACGCCGACGGAUGAGAACUGGCCUGGUGUGAGCAAGCUGAAAGGCUACGUCACACCUACAGAGAUCCAGCCAAUCCGGCCGAAAGACUACUGGCUUGCGAACUUCCGAACGAUCGGCGAGAUUGGUGUCGAUCUCCUGAUGAAGAUGCUGACUCUGGACCCACGGGUUCGACUGUCUGCUGAAGGAGUGUUGAAGCAUGAGUACUGGACAAGUGUGCCGAAGCCAAGCAAGCUUCAUGAGCUUCCAAGGAAAGGUGGUGGGAUGGAGGCGAUGGGAGAGGAUCUUAAGCGAAGAGGUGGCGAGGUGCCAGGGAAAGAAAACGAGAGAGGCGACAAGGUGGCUAGAAAAAUCGACUUUGGCGCUGGGAAGAAGUGA